AUGAAAAGUUUAUCGUCGUGUCUAGAAAAUCCUAUGUUUAAGAGUCAAGAUAAAGUUAACACAAUACGAGCCUUUCUUCAGGAACAUUUGGAUAGUCAUCUCGAUACUUCUGGUCAUAAAUCAAGUCGAUACAAUGGGUCAGUCCUACCUAAUCACUCCACUGAGCAGGAUCCAAGAAGUAGGCAAAAUGAUAUAUCAAGAUCACACAUUAACUAUCUCCUUGAAUCAUUUGUGGAAAGUCUUGGCGUAAUUUAUAAUAAGACAAAAAAAAAUAGUGUUUUAUCUACUACUUUCCAGCAGGAACUCAUAAAAGAUCUUGAAAUCCUUUGCGAUGAUUUCCAGAGAGCAAAAAUCAUAUUUUCCAUGCACUUUUCGCCAGAAUUAGAUUCAAAUCUUAGCCACCAUGCACACUCUAACCCAAGUCAAAGUCAGUUACUCCAAACCUAUAAUGAAUAUGAACUUUAUACACAAGGAAUUGAAGGUAUGAAGAAAAAUCCAAGCGAGGCCCACAAUAUAAUCAAUGAAAUCAAUCGGGAAUACCAGCAACAAAACAAUAUUUUAAGGUGCGGACAAGAUAAACUGAUAUUUACGUUUCCAGCACGCGAAAACCAGGAAAGUGGGCAAAAUGUACUAAUGCAGCAAGAAAUCCCAAGGACAAUUAUCUAUCCCAGUAUGAAUCAACAAUCUUGGGGAUUUGAUCGUGAUGAUUUUCAGAAUAUUGAUAGAUUAUUAUCUCAAACAGUGAAUCAUUAUAACAACUUUUUUGAAUAUGCUUUCGACCCUGAAUCAUACGUCAUCAAAUCUUCAGAGGUUUCACAAGGUGUUUGUAAUCCUCAUUUGUCACAAACUAGCUCUGCAAGUACCAAACAAAUUUUAUCCUGCGAUAAUAAUUUAUUGGAGAGUAUGAGAAAGAUUAAAAGCAUGAACAACUUGAAAGAUAUUGAUCCAAAUUCUCCACACAUUCCUACCAAUCAAACAGAGUUUGGACUAGAAUUACCCCAGAAAAUUGAAGUUAAACAGCAAUGUAAUGUUAAACACAAGUCUCGGAAGCUUAACCCAAAUGCAAAUCUAUACAAUUCUAUCAUUCCUUUCAAAUCUUAUCUAAAUUUAGAUUUCGGAAUAUUGUUCCAAACGCUUCUCGAUAUGAUUGAAAAAUGGUGUUUAACUUAUGCAUAUGAGCCGAACGUUUAUAAUGACACACAAAUUUCGGCUCAAAAUAGUCUUCUGUGGAACUACAUGAUUAGUUGUGUCUCUACUGAAGACCGAGAAGUUAAUGAAAAAAGGGUUAAAGAUUUUAUGAACCAUACCAGCACAAGGUACUUAUUUGCGAUGAAGAUGAUGACAACUUAUAUAUUUGAGAACAUGUUAUCUCUCAGUAACUUUUAUGGUUUUAAUGAAGAUACUACCGAAAAACUUGUUGAAUUUAUGGAUAAGAUGGGAGAAAAAGGAAUAACUAUGGUCGAUCGUCAAAAUCUUAUUGAUCAGCGUGAUUCUGCAAUUAAAGCCAUUUUGAAUCACAAAGAUUACAAUUCAUGGCGCUCAAAUAAAUUGAAACAACAUGUCGCAUAUCUCCGUGACAUUCUUCGUCAAUUUUUGAGUGAGAAUUGCGACUACACUUCAGCAGGUCGGGAGCUAGGUGCUAUUACUGUCAAAGCAUUUGGUAUAUUUUCUAGUAUUCAUCGCUCCGGACUUGCCUUCAAAAUAAUUUUUCCUGAAACCACAAGUAAGUUUAAUGCCAGUACGAUGAUAGCCCACGAACAAACCUGUGCUCAAGAAUAUGCUCAGCAAACCUCUAUGAGACGUCUUAAACUGGCUGUAACGCCUCUCAUAACGAUACUUGAUUAUAGAGGCUCGGUAAUCAAAGAAAAAACUCUUCAUCUCGCAAAGGUCUUAACUGUAACAUCAGAAGAUGUAGAAUUAUAA